ACACCUAGGUGACCAUCUAAUAACUGACCUUACUUACAUCAUCUAAAUCAUUCUCGAGAUUUUUGAUUCGAUAAGGAAUUCUUUAUCUCCUCACUAAUCAUCCGGCUUCUAAUUUGCCCACAACACUUCUAGAUCUAUUGUCAAUAAACCCUGUCAAAGAUUACACUUCCCGAUUGCCCUCCAAUACACGCACCGUAUUGAAUAACCUUACGCUUUCGACCUUUGCAUACCAUUCGAGAACGAACAUCCACGCUUGCAGUUGAACAAUCGGAGUUAACCAGAAAGAUUUCCUCUUUCGGCAUAUCUCAACACACCAAACACCCACACGUUCUUUAAAAUAUGCCACCAACUCAGUUACCCGCGUCGGGGAACCCUCUAGUCUUCUUUGAUAUCACCAUUGGAGGUGAGCCACUCGGUCGUAUCCAAUUUGAGCUCUUCGCCGAUGUAGUUCCCAAGACGGCCGAAAAUUUCCGUCAAUUCUGUACGGGGGAAACCAAAAAUCAUCUUGGUAGACCGCAAGGUUACAAAGGCAGUAAAUUCCAUCGAAUUAUUAAGGAUUUCAUGUGUCAGGGUGGUGAUUUCCUGAAUGGUGAUGGUACGGGUUCUACUUGUAUUUAUGGAUUGAGUAAAUUCGAUGAUGAGAACUUUACUCGUAAGCAUACGGAACCAGGACUUUUGUCUAUGGCGAAUGCUGGUCCAAAUACCAAUGGUUCUCAAUUCUUCAUAACCACAGUCCCAACUCCCUUCCUCGAUAAUAAACAUGUCGUCUUUGGUAAAGUAGUCGAUGGAAUGGACGUUGUUCGUAAAAUGGAAAACACUCGUACGAAUUCAAAGGAUGCUCCGCAAUUACCUGUCGUCAUUUCUCUAUGCGGAGAAAUGUAAAUAUGGAUUUGGAGAUAUGGGUUUAGAUGAAUUGUGGACGCAAUGGGAAAUGAGAGUGUGUGGAAGAAAGAUAGGGUUGCUCUAUGAUAGAGCGAGCUGAGAUGUCUUUUCCAGGAAGGACGAUAGAUGUCAAGGCUGAACUGGAAGUUUUAUAGCGUAGAGCAUUGAGAUAUUAUAUUGAGAUAGUGAAAGAUAGGAUAGAGAAUCUCAUGUUGUCUAUCUAUUAACAAUUCACGUUUUCUCACCUGUCG